AUGACCGCAAGCGAGAGCACACUUGCUACACAAUCGAAAUCCAGAAAACUGGCGCGUCAAAAAAGAUGCCGCCGCAGAGCAGGACUCAUAAAGAAAGUUCUCGAAUACAGCGCCCUCUGUCAUGCCGAUGUGUGCGUCGGGAUUCGCAUUCGUGAAACUGGCGAAGUACACAUUGUUUCAGCAGACGAGCCGGGGUUCUGGGAUUUUGUUUCCCAUCAAAUGGCCUCCCACUUUCCUCGCGUUAUUCUAACGUCCCAUCGUAAAUCGCGCUUGAACGACUCGCCUUCGACCGGCAAGAAAGAAACGACCACAGUGGGCAAGGAUGCACCGGCCAGCAGCUUUAAUCACAAGGAAAAGCAGUGCAAGGACUGCAAGGUUGAGAGAAGCCGAUGA